AUGUCGACGCAAGAUCCGCUGGCUAUACAAAGGGGCGAUUAUGGCAGGAACAUCUCGGUAAAUCUGCUCUUCACUAUUGGUAGGGCGAUUACUGGUCCUGCUCAGUGUGUCCUGAUUGCUUCUCAUCCGCUGUCUUAUCUGGGCGUGCCCUCUCCGCCAGCUGGCACUGCUCCUAUCACAUUGUUUGGACGGACCUUCCCAUGCCUCCCAUUUCUAGCGGCAUUCAUGCCGGCAACUCUUUCAAUCAAGCAUGUACUGUGGAUAAAUUUCAUGGUCCGCGAGCGCAUGACGUUAAAGUUCGCCACGUUUGCCGUCCUCUCAGACUUCAUGUACGAAAGCAUCAGUUCGCUGGUUUUCACCUCCGCAUCGAUCAAUCCAAUGUUUUCGGAGCGCUUCUUUUACGCUGGCUUCACUAUCUUCAUGGCCAGCGCCACGUUCGAAUUGCUUGCAGAGCUUCAAAGAAUAGCAUUCAAGGCGAAGAAAGAAAACCAAUCCAAAGUAUGCAAGACUGGCUUUUGGGCAAUUACUCGACAUAUCAACUACACUGCCAAUGUGCUUUUUGGCUUUGGAUAUGGCCUUGCUACCGGGGGUCCGCUCUACUCGUUGGCAACUGCCGGAAUGUACAUUUCGAACUUUGUAUUCAAUGCGAUGCCUGCGAUUGAAAAGUAUUGUCGGGAGAAGUACGGAGAGCAGUGGAUUCAAUAUGAGUACGAGGUCCCAUGGCAGCUGUUCCCCGGAAUUUAUUGA